AUGUCUUCAGCCACUGAGAACACGGCCACCGUCCCACAGGAAAAGGAGAACUCAACACCACCAGCAAAGAUCGAACAGCCCCCCGCAGCAACGGUAGACGAUGCGGACAGCCUGGACGAUGUCCCCGACCCGGACGAGGAUGAUCUCGAUGAUCUCGACGAUAUGCUGGACGAUUUCUCAGCGGUGAACAUACAGGCGCCGGCGUCACGGGUUCCUCCGCCACCAACGAACCCACCCACGACUGCGGGUGCGGGUGCAGGCGCGCCCUCAGAUGCUCCCACGGAAGAGGGCGCUUUUUCCGAGGAGGAAUUCGCGAAGCAGCUUCAGGCUGGUAUGGCCGAUCUCCUUGGAGAGUUAGAUAGUUCGCCGGAUAUGCACGCCCAGUUUGAAACAAUAUUCAAGGAGCUCGGCGCCGCGGCAUCAACAAACACAAACCAACCCACGCCUCCCAUUCCACCCACAGGCGGUGCUAGCUCCUCCGCGCCCUCAGGUUCCGCCGUACCCAACCCCGCCGACGAAUCCUUUCAAGAAACGAUCCGCCGCACGAUGGAACGCAUGCAGACGUCCGGCGACCAAGCAACGGCCGCAGCCGCCGCGGAAGGGUCAGACGACUUCUUGGCCGAGCUGCUCAAACAAAUGCAGAGCGGCGGGGCCGGACUUGAUGGCGAAGGGAAUGAGGAGGAUUUCUCCAAGAUGCUGAUGGGCAUGAUGGAGCAGCUCACUAACAAGGAGAUUCUGUAUGAGCCGAUGAAGGAACUUGACGAUAAGUUUCCUGCAUGGAUGGAGAAGAACCGGGCGACAACACCGGCGGACGACUUAAAAAAGUACGAGGAGCAGCAAACCCUAGUGAGAGAGAUUGUGGGCAAGUUUGAGGAGGCUGGGUAUUCGGACUCGAAUGCCGCGGACAGGGAAUACAUUGUCGACCGGAUGCAAAAGAUGCAAGCUUCCGGGUCACCACCAUCUGACCUUGUUGGAGACAUGCCUUCGGCCCAGGACGUGCUUAACAUGCCAGAUGAGUCCUGUAAUCCACAAUAG